UGUGAGCAUAGAUUUCGUUGUGCUUCGAUAUAUAUCGAUCCGUUUCGUUACUCAAAUGUCGUAGUAUUGCUUAAAAUAGCUGAUUUAACUUCUAUUACGUUUAUCACGUAGCGUUGUUAUACUUAUAGUUGUAGGUGUUAAUCCAUGCAGUGGGUGGUCUUGUUCGUGUUUUAAGUUGGUUGUAACAAAGCACUCCGUGUUCGUGGUGGUGGCCGUCAAAUAUACAAUCUUGUGAAGGAUGACAAUGGGAGAUGAGACACCAGUAACAUCACUUGUUCUUCCUGUAUUAAUACGCCCUAUUUUAUCCCAGCUGGAAAGACGUGAUGUUGCUGCUUCACAAACCCUUCGAGCUGCUCUUUCAAAAGUUGAAGCUGCACAUCCUGGUUUUACUUAUGAUUUGGUGGUUGGAAUCAUGAGGCGUGGAGACCUCAGUGUCAAUAUGAAUGAAAGUGUCCUAAGGCUACAGGGCACUACAUCUGAAUCAGAUGUCGUGGAAUACCGUUUGAGUAGGUCAGAAGAUGCAUUUCAGGAGUUAAACAGAAAAUCAUCUGCAUUGAAGAGGAUUCUGAGCAGGAUUCCAGAUGAAAUAAUAGAUAGAAAAACAUUUCUAGAAACAAUCAAGGAGAUAGCAAGUGCAAUUAAGAAAUUGCUAGAUGCUGUGAAUGAGGUGGCAGGCUUCAUUCCCGGAACCACUGGUAAACAGGCUUUGGAGCAGCGGAAGCGCGAGUUUGUCAAGUUCUCAAAACGUUUCAGCAACACUUUGAAGGAGUACUUCAAAGAGGGACAAGCGAAUGCAGUGUUUGUAAGUGCCCUUUAUCUCAUUCAUCAGACCAACAUGAUAAUGGUUACAGUGAAGAGCAAAUGUGAGUGAUGAGGACUGCACGGUGGGAGUGGGACUAGAUUAUAUAUUGUACAUGAAUAAAUAUUUUAUUGAACUGAUCAUAUAAAUUUUCAUGUGUUAUAUCUCAAUCAUUCUUAUUAUGGAAAUGUUCUGUAAAGAUUAACAUUUAUAUCACAGUUGAAUCAUGCCACAAAGUAGCAUACUUCCAGAAGCACAGUAGAACCUGCUGUUUCUCAUGUAAUGUACAAAAGUAUAAUUUAUUUGCAUUAGUCCUUAGGUCAUAGGGUUGCAAAAUCUCAGGUUGACAAUAUCCAAACAGUAUAUAUAUAGAGAGUGGACAUAAGCCAGUGGAUCUGGUGUUACAUAAUAAAGAGAAACCAUGUUAAAGAAACUUAGCAAUCAAAGCAAGGAGAACAAAUCACUUACCAGGAUAAAAGUAUGAAAUGGAUCGAAAGAAAUUUAUUAUUCUGGUAAAUAAUAUUUUCUUUAUGUUACUCUGUAAAAUGCAUAAAUAAAAAUGUAUUUUGCUUCA